AUGGCCGCCCCGAGACCGGCCCCCCUCGGCCCGCAGGCUGCAGCGCCACCUCCGGCCGCCAGGGGCCGCCACGCGCAGGCGCCGCGCCCCGUUUUUGUUCCAGACUAUGUGGAGAAGCCUUUGAAGUUGGUCCUGAAAGUGGGAGGGAACGAGGUCACCGAGCUGUCCACGGGGAGCUCCGGACACGACUCGAGUCUCUUCGAGGACAAAAACGAGCAUGACAAACACAAGGACAGAAAGCGGAAAAAGAGGAAAAAAGGAGAAAAGCAGGUGCCUGGGGAAGAAAAGGGGAGAAAGCGGAGACGAGUGAAGGAGGAUAAAAGAAAGCGAGAUCGAGAUCGUGUGGAGAAUGAGGCAGAAAAAGACUUUCAGUGUCAUGCCCCUGUAAGAUUAGACUUGCCUCCUGAGAAGCCUCUCACAAGCUCUUUAGCCAAACAAGAAGAAGUAGAACAGACACCCCUUCAAGAAGCUUUAAAUCAACUGAUGAGACAAUUGCAGAGAAAAGACCCAAGUGCUUUCUUUUCAUUUCCUGUGACUGAUUUUAUUGCUCCUGGCUACUCCAUGAUCAUUAAACACCCAAUGGAUUUUAGUACCAUGAAAGAAAAGAUCAAGAACAAUGACUACCAGUCCAUAGAAGAAUUAAAGGAUAACUUCAAACUAAUGUGUACCAAUGCCAUGAUUUACAACAAACCAGAGACUAUUUAUUAUAAAGCUGCGAAGAAGCUUUUACACUCAGGAAUGAAAAUUCUUAGCCAGGAAAGAAUUCAGAGCCUAAAGCAGAGCAUAGAGUUUAUGGCCGACUUGCAGAAAACCCGAAAACAGAAAGAUAGAGCAGACACCUCUCAGAGUGGAGAAGAUAGCGGCUGCUGGCCCCAAGAGAGGGACGACUCUGGAGACACUGAAGCACAAACCUUCAAAAGUCCCAAUAAAGACAAUAAAAAGAAAGACAAAGAUGUACUUGAAGAUAAGUGGAGAGGCAGCAACUCAGAACGGGAGCUGGAGCAGAUUGAACGAGCUGUGCAAGAGUCAGGGGGAAAACUGACCCGACGACCAGCCAACAGCCUGUGCGAAUUUGAAAGAAGAAAACCAGAUGGAACAACAACACUGGGACUUCUCCAUCCUGUGGAUCCCAUCAUAGGAGAACCAGGCUACUGUCCUGUGAGACUAGGGAUGACAACUGGAAGACUUCAGUCUGGAGUGAAUACCUUGCAGGGAUUUAAAGAAGAUAAAAGGAACAAAGUAACCCCAGUGUUAUACUUGAAUUAUGGGCCUUACAGUUCUUACGCUCCACAUUAUGACUCCACUUUUGCAAACAUCAGCAAGGAUGAUUCUGAUUUAAUCUAUUCCACCUAUGGGGAAGACUCUGACCUUCCAAGUGAUUUCAGUGUCCAUGAGUUUUUGGCAACAUGCCAAGAUUAUCCAUAUGUUAUGGCAGAUAGUUUACUGGAUGUUUUAACAAAAGGAGGGCAUUCUAGGACCCUACAAGAGUUGGAGACGCAGUUAUCACCUGAAGAUGAAGGCCAGACCAGGACACUUGACACAACAAAAGAAAUGGAGAUUACAGAAGUGGAACCCUCAGGGCAUUUGGACUCCAGCACUCAGGACAGGCUUACAGCACUGAAAGCAGUAACAAAUUUUGGUGCUCCAAUUGAAGUUUUUGACUCUGAAGAGGCUGAAGUGUUCCAGAGGAAACUUGAUGAGACCACAAGAUUGCUCAGGGAGCUCCAGGAAGCGCAGAACGAGCGGCUGAGCACCAGACCACCUCCCAAUAUGAUCUGCCUCUUGGGUCCAUCAUACAGAGAAAUGCACCUUGCUGAACAAGUGACCAAUAAUCUUAAAGAACUUGCACAGCAAGUCACUCCAGGUGAUAUCGUAAGCAUGUAUGGAAUACGGAAAGCAAUGGGGAUUUCCAUUCCUUCCCCCACCGUGGAAAACCACUUCGUAGAUCUAACGGAAGAUUUAGCGGAACCUAAGAAGACUGACGUUACUGAGGGUGGAUCUGCUGAGAGCUGAAGAUAACUGGUAUUGGGUUAUCUAUAUUAUGUACAUAUUUUUUUCAUUCUGAACUUGAAAGUGCUUUUCAAAAGAUAUUAACUAUUUGUAAAUUGUGUUUUUAAUUAAACUUUGGAAUAAUCAGCUUUAAUGUUCCAGAGAUUGGACUUCUAUUAAAUAAUAAAGUUGAACCUGGAACUCUUGGAA